GCCGCGCGCCUCACUACAGGUCGUGACCAUCAUCAUGUCUUUACGGGUAUCUUUCCUGCUGUGCGCUUUGGUGGCACUGGUCGCGUUGUCUGCGGCUAAGCCUGAUGAUGGAGAGACUGUCACUGUACCUGCUCCUGGACUUACAUACGGAGGCAUUCCAUACGGCAGUGUGAGCGGCAACGUUGCGGAAUUCUUCAGCCGACAAGCGCCAUCUGGCGGUCGCUCCGUGUACCUCAACGGACCUCGCGGCAACAGCGUCGACUACGCGCCUAUUGAGCAGUUUCUACGAUAGAUGGCGCUGUUUAUAGUAUUAGGUUUAGUGCCAAAAUAUUGGAAGAUUUUUCGUUAGAAUGUAGUGCAUAUCUUAAGGUUUUUAAGGUUUUUCUUAAGGCGAGGAAGUGGUCAACAAUAAUUCCAUAACCGGCACGCGCAUCUAAGGCGCCAAAAGGGGUCGGAGCGUCUGAGCGGGGCGAGGAUAACAAUACGCGCGCUAGCUUAUAACUAAAAGUCGUAAGCGACAAAAUGGUUUUGUAAUUUUAAUAUUUAGAAAUGAUAAUUUAAUAAAAAUUCCUACUACCAUUUUAAAGAGUAUGUAUAUACUCAACUACUAAAAAAGUUAAGAGGCUUAAAUCGGUCCCGUUUGCCCAUAAUAUGUGAAUCUCUUUUUAAAAAGAGGUAUGUUUGAUAUAUUUUUCUCUGUUAUAAAAGUUACCUAAUCAUGUUUCUACAACUAACAAAAUAAGGCUUAUAUCAUGAACUUUCAGGUAACCAAGUUGUAUUUUGAUCCGUUUUGUAUUUACUGAGAAAAAUUGAAAUCCUUGGCGCCAAAAAUUCCAAUUCGUCCUCUUAAGAGAAAAAUGCCAUAUAUCUUAAAUUGAUACCUCGUAAGUAUACCUAGGGAUGUGCAGAUUUGACUAUAUUGAAUGUAAGCAUGUUGUACUUAGUUCAUAAGUAAAUGUCAUUAAUUUAUUUUCCUAA